AACAUACUUCAUUAAUAGACACUAUUGUGAGACAAGUUCAAAAUACCAACUAUGAUUGAGCAAUACGAACUAUGAUGAUGUCUAAGAAGACAAAUGGUGAUAUUAAAAAGGUCAUUGGUCUGUGUGUCCAGGAUGAGGUCAGGGCAUUCUCUAAAAAGAUAACAUCAUUAAGGCAAAUCCUCACACUUCAGAGCAUUGAUAAAUUUUCAUGGGAAGGUUUUUUAAACGAUGUUGACACAGACCUUCCAUUUCUAACAUCAUUGUUGAGGUCAGUUCUCACCACAAGACGAACUAAGGACAAGAUUUCAUGUUUAGGAAACAAGAUUGGCCCGCUUGUUCCAGCAUUUGGUCUCCUUGUGGGAGUGAUUCUACACCACAGAUUCCCAUCCCAGUUCAAAUUUCUUCAGCAGAUCAUUUCAAUUCAAAUGUUUUGAUCUGGCUGUAAUCACAAGAUGUUCAGAUGGUUCCAUAAGUUUGGACUUUGUAUGAGUGUCAACACAACCAGACAAUUAGUUGACCGUUUAGGGCAGGAUUACGACAAUAAAGUUAAAGAAUGGAAACAAAAUAUUGAAGAGAAUGUUCUUCAUGUCCUGCCAUCACCUGUGCCAGACACAAGGAAUGAAGAGAGUGGUUGGUCAUCACUCAGUGAAAGUGAAAGUGAAGUUGAGCCAUCAGGAUACUGAUGAAGACCAAGAUGAAGAACAGGCAAUAGAAGACACAUCUAUGGUGAUGGAGGAUACCAUCCUGUACUCAGAGUCAGAUGAUGAACAAGACUUUGUUCCCUUCCCUGACAUUUUUGAAACAAAUGAAAUUCUUGGAUACUCCUUGUGUUGGGACAAUGUUCAGAAGAUGUCAGUGGCACAGCAUCAGAGCCGUCUCAGUGGUAACAAGAUGCUUUUGUGGGCAAACUGUUUUGCAACACUUGACAGAGUAAACUUGACAUCAUUACCUUGUAAUUGGGAUAAGACAGUAACAGCUGGAUCUAUUGAUUUGAAGAAUUUCCUACCAAGUGAUGAUGACUGGAAGCAAUUACAGACCAGAAUGGAGGUUAUUGUAGAGAGAAUGUUGAAAAAUGUCCUUGACCUUGAUCUUCCAGUAGAACAGCACAUAUCCCAUAAGUAUUCAAAUGAAUCUGCUGGGAAAAGCCAAGUAGUAAACCUUGGAGUUAUUAAGGAAAAUCCUUCAACUUGUAAGGGUGUUAUUGAGAUCAUGAAGCACCUUCAUCGCUACACCCCGAAAGAUGAAGAUGGUAAACCCUGGCCAGUAAUCUGCCAUGGUGAUCAGCUGUCAGUAGAGAGAAUGGUGGAGGGAAAGAUAGCCAUGUCAUCUUCAACUCUUCCUGAAGACCGUCAAGAGGGACUUAUCCCAAGGCCACAGAACUUUCAUAAACGAGUUAUUUUACUGUAGGUGACAUUAGAUACUCUAUUUGGCAAAGGGGCAUGUGACAAGGGUACACUGACUCAAAUAAAAAAUGUAUUUGGACAUAGAAAUGUGAAAAAGAAAGCAUCAGACUGCAUGAACCAUCUCACAAAUUUUAUGGACUUUGUCACUGAGGGUCACAUCCUGCUCCUUGCCGCUCAGCUAAGACCAAGUGGGGAGCUUAAACAGCUGUUAACUUCCUCGGAUGAGGUUUCCACA